AUGACGGAGCGGCUUGCGCCACCAAAAUCACUUCAACCACACCACAAGAUCCACGUACACCUGCUCACCUGCUCACAUUUUGCUUCGACGACGAGCAUCGCGAAAUCUUCUUGCCAUCGUUGUACCCAUUGUUUCGAUCCAGGAAGGAAAAACAACAACAAUCUACACAACAAGUCAAGUCAAGAUGGAGGUAUACACACAAACUAUUAGUAACAUCGGGGAGUCCAUCCUGGAAUGGUCUGACCCCGAAAACAAAUUCCGUGGGCACACUGAGGGAUGGUUCAUGACCGAUUUCACCACCGCCUUCAGUGUGGCUGUUGCCUACCUUGUCUUUGUCUUUGUUGGAUCUGCCGUCAUGAAGUCGGGAGUCGCUCCCAUUGAUCCCUACCCGAUCAAAUUCUUCUACAAUGUUUCGCAAAUCAUGCUUUGUGCUUACAUGACAAUUGAGGCCGGUUUGGUGGCAUACCGCAACGGAUACACUGCCAUGCCUUGCAACGCCUUUGAUACCACCAAUGCUCCCGUUGCCAACUUGUUGUGGCUAUUCUACGUCAGCAAAGCAUGGGACUUUUGGGAUACCAUCUUUAUUGUCCUCGGCAAAAAGUGGAGACAACUCUCCUUCUUGCACGUCUACCACCACACUACCAUUUUUCUCUUUUACUGGUUGAACGCCAACGUCCUCUAUGAUGGUGACAUUUUCCUCACAGUGGCUCUCAAUGGAUUCAUCCACACCGUCAUGUACACAUACUACUUCAUCUGCAUGCACACCAAGGACCCCAAGACUGGAAAAUCAUUGCCCAUCUGGUGGAAGUCAUCCCUCACCAUGUUGCAGCUCGUCCAAUUCGUUACCAUGAUGUCCCAAGGAUGCUACCUCUUGGCUACUGGAUGCGAAAGUUGCAACCGUCGAGUCACUGCUUCCUACGUUGUCUACAUCAUGUCGCUCUUCUACCUCUUUGCUCAAUUCUUUGUGGCUUCCUAUGUCAAGCCCAAGAAGGACAAGAAGGAAGCGUAAGCGCAGCAACAACGAUUAAAGGCUGUAUGACGAGCAUGUACAGAAAGGACAAGAAGGAGGAAGCUUUAUUGAGCGCAGCAACGACUAUAGGUUGUAUGACGAACAUGUACAGAAAAGAAAAACAACCCAUGAACUUAACAAAAUUCAUAGAAAAAACACGAUAACAAAACACUGCCCAUUG